AUGUACCUCUCGUGGGCCUUUGCGGGCAUACCACUUGGCGUCUACAACGUGGUCCAGGAACUCAAAGUGUCUCUUCAAGCCCAGCCUCACAUUCUCAUCUUCCUGAGUCUUACAACUUGGUACCAGUGCCCAGUGCAGGUACUACAGAGACAAAUGGACACUCGCCAAGAUUCUGCUUGUUUGCCUAGCUACUACGUCAAUCAUCAGCGACGCCGAGACUCGCCUGUACUUUGCUCUACAACUCGCGAGGGAGAGGGAUAUCGAAUGGCCCGUGGCGUUGAUGGCGGUUCUUACAGCAGUUCAACUGGGAUAUUGGGUUUCGAGAUACUACUGGGAGAUUUAAAAACCAAGAUCCGUCAUCGUAUCUCGUUCUUGUUUGUUUCCAUCGAUGCGGGAGGUGACGCGGUAUCGAUACUGGCCCUUGUAUUUUCAGCCAGGAUUGACAUAUUGGGCCUGACCAUCUACUCAGCCGAGGCGGCACCGUGGACUGGCAUUGGAAUUUUGGGCAUCCAUUUUCGAUUCCGCGGUUGGUUGCUCGGAAAGAUGUGUCGGAGGCGAAAGAGGGGAGUGAUUGCAAAAAGUGCCUUGUUGUGUGACUACAUGGAACUGGGGGUAGGGGGCCUGGCCAGAACAAAAUUUGACGGUAUCUGA